ACGCUGUUUAAUGUUUUGGCGCCAAAGGGAAACGAGCGAAAACCGGCGGAGAGACCCUGAGUGUGACAGCAUUUUCUGAAGUCACAGCCAUAAUAUUGUCAUAAUAUGGAAGGUACUGAAGAUCUGGCUCUACUGGCAUCUCUUCUGGAUGAUAAUGAGGAACAAAUAACGACAAUUGCAGGAUGUUCUCAGGAUGAACAGAAUGUAGAGCAGAGAUCGCUUGAUAAUGCUGAUGAAUGGGAUGAGCUGUUUGAUGGAGAUGAUGAGGACAAUGGUCAGGCUAUGGAAAUCAGUGCUCUCUUUGGAGAUGUGGAAGACAUGAUGGAGGAAGAAGAGGAGGAGAGUGAAGCAAUUGCAUUGGAGAGAACUGACCAACCAUGCCUCAUUUCUCAUCAAAAGACAGAAAAAUCAAAAGUUGAAUUGGAAGCUGAACUGGAACAGAUGAAGGAACAGAUGGAAAAGUUACAGAGGGAAUUUGCCAAGGUUGCAGGUGGUCCAAAAUCUGUCGUUCGAUCUGCAAAAACCUCACCUGAAAACAAGCUGAAAACACCAGGUAAAGGUGCAUGUACUACUCAGAGUAUAAAAGAAAGCACAUCUUUUCAGGAAGCUCUGUGUAUGCCCACUCCCAAUCCUAAAAAUGGCUUGUUGAAAACUAAGUCUCGCACCGCCCAUGAACCUACAAAUCCAACAGCAGUCACAAAGAUAAGAGAUCCGAUCCAAACACAGCCUGGAAGUAGGCAGGUACUUCAGCCGCUCAAAACCAGCAACAAAUCCAAUACCAUGCAUCAGGGAUUUCCUGCAGCAGAAGAAGAUUACGAAAGGCCAGGAACCUCAAAGUCCACAAAUUCAGGCAUAGCUGUGGAUAAAUUCUCUGGCUUGAGGCUGAGGAACCCCAUUGUUUCAUCGACAGAGAUGGAGAGAAAGAUGCAUGGCCGAAAGCUGAUCCGGGUCUCCCAAUUGCGUUCGAAACUUGAAAAGCUGGAGGAUACAGACUGGGUUACCUUUGCAGUUAUCAUUAAGAAGAUUACAUCACAGAGCUCUAACAAUGGUAAAACGUUCAGUAUCUGGCACUUAAGCGAUCUGCGUACCAGCAACCUGAAUUUAUCUCUCUUCCUCUUCGGGAAUGUCCACAAAGAGCAUUGGAAAACAGAGAAAGGGACUGUUAUUGGUCUACUGAAUGCCAAUCCUAUGAAAUCCAGGGAUGGAUCAGAUGAGGUUUGUCUGUCUGUCGAUCACCCACAGAAGAUUCUAAUUAUGGGUGAAGCCUUGGACAUGGGAACCUGCCGAGCUAGAAAGAAGAAUGGAGAUCUCUGUACCCAAAUAGUAAACUUGAUGGACUGUGAAUACUGUGAGUACCAUGUCAAAGCCCAGUACAAGAAGCUUAGUGCAAAGCGAGCUGACUUGCAAUCCAGCUUCUCUGGCCGUGCUCCUAACAAAAUGCAUGGCAAGGGUGGCAGUCUGAAAGAGAGGCUGUGCCAACAGGGUUUCCACUAUGGAGGAGUGACAUCAGCAUCAUAUGCAGCUUCAGUAAGAGCAGCAGGUCCUAAGAAAAGUGUUCAGACGACCCUGACACACAUGGUAGUGAAAGGAGCAGAUGAUAUUGUCAGAGAAACUAAGAGAAAGAUCGCAAUUGCAAAUGGGAAAGUCGUGUCAGGCUGCUCAGAAGAUUUUAAGGAUUUAAUGGAAAUGCCUACAGUUGGAGCCCUUAACUUAAAGAAACACUUAAGCAAGGUGCCUAUGAAAGGUGGACCAGUUAACAAUGCACAGUCAGGACCUUCCAUCCUGUCAAUAUCUGCUUCUGAGCUAUUAAAGCAGCAAAAACGAAAACUGUUAGAAUCACGUAAGAAGAAAACAGAAGAAUUACAAAAAAGGUUUAUGCAGAGCACAAGUGAAAGUACCAGUCUCACAUCUGGGCCUGGAGGAUUGUCGUCUCUCUCAUCACCCAAAGUUGGAGCAGAAUUUCCCAAGGAGCAGAAAUUGACAGCAUCACCACAGACACCCAAACUAGGCAGGGGCUUUGCUGAAGGGGAGGAUAUCCUAUUUUUUGAUAUAUCGCCACCUUCAGCACCAAAACUGAGCCCCACUACAGAUUCUAAAAAGAUGGCAGCUAUUGUUAAACUACGUAAAAAAGGUGAAAUUCUAACAAAGGAGGACCCCAACUGUGUGAAGAGGAAACUGCCCAACACAGGAGAGAUGCCUGCAAGGAUAUUGGAGCGUAUAGAGAAAAAUCUUACUUCCAUACCUGGUGAGGGAAAUGAUGAACCAACUUUAAAGAAGCGCCAUGAACAGCUGGAGUACCUGGACUCAGAAGAGUUUCAGAAAAUACUGAAUGCACGAUCGAGACAUGUUGGCGCAGUACAAGAGGUAGAAGCCGAGCUUCAAGAGCAAUACUUUGAGCCACUAGUGAAAAAAGAGCAAAUGGAAGAAAAGAUGAGAAACAUCCUUGAAUUGAAGUGCAGAGUGGUAAGCUGUAAAACGUGCAGAUAUUCAUAUUACAAACCACUGGAGACGUGUGUGAGUGAAAACCAUGAUUACCAUUGGCAUGAUGCAAUCAAACGCUUCUUUAAAUGCCCAUGUGGUAACAGAGCAAUAGCCUUAACAAGAUUACCAAAGAAAAGCUGCAGUAACUGUGGCUUGUUUAAGUGGGAGAGAGAUGGAAUGCUGAAGGAGAAGAAAGGUCCAAAAAUAGGUGGAGAGCUGCUGCUACCAAGAGGAGAAGAACAUGGCAAAUUUUUAAGUAGUUCAAAAUGAUCCAUGGAUCAGCAAGUGUAAGAUUAAAUGCUACAUUUUUAAUAUCACUGUAUCAAUGGUACAGAACAGUUUUAUCUUGUGGUGUUAAACUUCCAGAUGUAAAAUUAACUUUUUUAAUCAUGAAU